AUGCCGCAUUUCAUCGAAUUUGCACGAGUGAGUACCACAGAAUACGAUGAAAUUGUACCGAUGUUCAAAUUACGUGCGUUUUUCCGAGGCGAAUCAGAUGAUUAUUUUCGAUUCGUUCAGUCGCCUUUCUACGCAAUGUCAGCCACUGCAAAGGUACGUACACGUCCAGUUGUGUUUGUGAAUGACAUCAAUGCUGGCUUAGAACAAUUAUUUGAAUCCAACCGAUCAACAGUCAGCAUGGAAUUUGGUUUGGAAUUUCAUUUCUCAACGGAUAGUUUAUCGAGAAUAAGAUUUGCGAAUGAUGCAAUUCGAUUGUUCGAUUUUGAUGCUGAAACCACAUCUGUAACUUCAUCGCUGAUGCAACGAUUUCAACAGGCCGACAACAGGUUAAUCAUUAACGUUUAG